UAGGGCGAUGACGUCAUUUAAACCUUAAAGGCUGCAAAAACACACAACUUGUCAGAACAGACAAGAGGGUUUAAAGUACGGGAUAAAUAAAUUAUAACUUUCUUUUUCCUUGAACCCGGGAUCGUGAAUACAGGAGAGAUAUAAUAAAUAAUGUCCGUUGUGUUGGCGAUUAUAACAGCUGCUGUUGCGGCGUAUAUACUUAUUUACUACAACGUGUUUAGAGGAGCCAGAUGCAGGAGUAAAGCGAUGCUGAACGGGAGGACAGCUGUGGUCACCGGUGCUAACACUGGCAUUGGGAAGGCAACGGCCCUGGAUUUGGCCCGACGAGGGGCCCGGGUUAUUCUGGCUUGCCGAAACCAGGAGAAAGCUGAGGCCGCUGCGUAUGACAUCAGAAAGGAAACUGGCAACAUGGCGGUGUUGUUUAUGCAUCUGGACUUGGCCAGUCUGAAGUCUGUGCGCGAUUUUGCUGAGACGUUUCUCAAGACCGAGCCCAGGCUGGACCUGCUCAUCAACAAUGCAGGACUGAUGGCAGCAGGCAAAACUGAGGAUGGCUUUGGCAUGGUGUUUGGGGUUAACCACCUGGGCCACUUUCUGCUGACUCUGCUUCUGCUGGAUCGGCUAAAGGCAUCAGGCCCGAGUCGAAUCGUCAACGUGUCAGCCAAGCUUCAUCGCCUGGGCUCUGUCGACUUCAACACUCUCAACACACACAAGGAUUUGGUGACAGGACAGUCAAUAUGGCACUCCUUCAUGGCCUACUGCCAUAGCAAACUCUGUAAUGUGCUUUUUACCCGAGAGCUGGCCAACCGUCUAGAGGGCAGCAGCGUGACCUGUUACAGCCUGCAUCCUGGAGUCGUAGCUACAGAAUUCGGACGCAAUAUAAAUAUUUGGAUGAGGCUGCCGAUGCUGAUCAUCUCCAAGCUCUUCUUUCUGACCCCAGAAGGCGGUGCUCAGACCACACUGCACUGUGCCCUCCAGGAGGGCUUGGAGCCUCUGAGUGGCCGAUACUUCGAUUGUUGUGCCCUACACAAAGUCAGUGACAUGGCCCGAGAUGAUGGGCUGGCCAAAAAGCUGUGGGAAGUGAGCGAGAGGAUGUGUGGCCUUUCGUGAACGCGAGGUAUGAGAGGAACAGGAGAGAAAAUGACAACAAAUGCCUUGUGAACAACAGUUUUACUUAAUGACCACCGGGUGCCUAAUACCAGUGCAGUGAUAUUGCGUGAUCAUAGAUUAGAAUAUCAUUCAUCACACUUUUUAUAUUCAUAGUUUGAAAUAUUCCUGCUAUUGGAAUGUCCUGGAAUUUGUCACUUAUAACAAGAAUCCCUGUGACCAGGAAUAUAUAAAAGGAAAAAUAAGAGCUGAGCAUUUGUUUGUAAUUGGAAUAAGAAAAAUGUCAUAACAUGCUAAUUAUCAUGUAAUAUCUUAUUAAUCAUAAUAACCUUCUAAAUAAAGUUUGACAAUACACGGUACAUAUCAUGGUAAUUAGGAUAGCUAGCAGCACUAGUGUCUUUUGUUAACACAGAAAAACAGGAAAAAUAAAACACUAGGUGUAUAUACACUCAACGUCCACUUUAAUAACCUGUACACAAGCACUUUUCUGGAUUUAUCCAAACAGCUAAUCCCGUGGUAGCAGCACAAUGCAUGAAAUCAUGCAGAUACAGCUUCAGUUAAUGUUCAUUGGAAAUGUCAGAAAGAAGAAAAAAUGGGAUCUCUGUGACUUUAACCAUGGCAUGGAUAUUGGUACCAUGGAUAUUGGGCUGGUUUAAGUAUUUCAAAUACUGCUGAUCUCCUGGGAUUUUCUCGCCCAGCAGUCUCUAGAGUUUAGACAGAAUCGUGCGAAAGGCAAAAAAAAGCACUGCGUGAGAGACAGUUCUGUGGGUGGAAAAGAGAAAGAGGUCAGACAAAAGAGAGCGGUCACAAAAAAUAGCUCUUAUAAUCACUCUUUACAACUUUGCCGAGCAGAAAAGCACAUCAGCAUGCACAAAACAUCAGACAUUGACAUGGACGAGUUAGAACAGCAGAAUUCUAGAUCAGGUUUCACUCCUGUCAGCCAAGAACGAGAAUCCGAGUCUGUCAUGGGGACAGAAAUUGGACAGUGAUGAAGAUUAGAAAAAAAAAAUCACCUGGUCUUAUUCCAGUCUUUAACUGACCAGUUUGGAUGGCUCGUGGUUGCCUUCUUGUUCUUCUGAUCUUGGUGUGGUCAUUCUCUUUUGCUUUCUCUCAUCAAUAAGGUGUUUCAGAUGCAGAUCCUCCACCCAGGGGAUGUGUUUUCUGGUAAAACUCUUGAAAUAUUCAAGCCAGCCUAUCUGUUACAAACAAUCAUACUACAGUUAAAGUCACAGAGAUCACCCUUUUCUUUCGUUCUGUAGCAUGAUAUGAACAUUAACCGAAGCUCUUGACCUGUAUCUGCAUGACUUAUGCAGGCAUGUGUUUGGCCGACUAGAUAACUGCAUAAAUGUGAGGGUGGACAGGUGUUCCUAAUGAAGUGGUCAGUGAGUGUACAUGUAUGCAUAUCAGAUAUUAGCUGUAUUGUAUCUGCUCACCACUAGGUGGCAGUAGCGUGCCACUGAACCGCUCCAGACUUACCAAUUUUAUCAGCAUGAGUGUGAGGGCAACAUAACCCUAACUAAAAAGACAUCUGUCGAGAUGACAGCCAUCAGGAUACGACGCUGCAAAGCUUUAGAGAAUACUGAGAAUUUGAAAUCAUUUCCUGUAAUUUCGGAUGUGUGUUGUAGUCCUAAUCAGUCCCGUUUUUAUGGCUUCAACUGCUGUUCACUGACCUCACUUUCAUUUCCUGAGAGGGCUCCGUGACCAGACCAGACCUCAAGUCUUUCAAGGCUGAAAAGAAAUAACAUCUUAAACAGUCAAAUAAGCUGUGCUGUGAUUAUGCUGUGAUAAUUUAGGGAUCGUGUCUAGGUGUUCACAGGCACCGGAUCCAUGACAAGCCUGACCGGGAAAAUAAUGAAUGAAUGAUUUGUGUAAGCAAUAGUAUAGAAAGUUCCAUUAAAUGCCAUCUGCUAAUUAGCCAACAACAUGCAUGUUUAAGUGAUUACAGUUUGGAAAGGGACUAUGUAUUUCUCACUACACAAGACACUCAUCAUCCUUGUGCAAGCUUCAAGUCACCCUUACAUUACUGAUCAACUUUACGUGGCCUGUCUGAAAAGAAAUAACAUCUUAAACAGUCAAAUAAGUUGUGCUUUGAUUAUGCUGUGAUAAUUUAGAGAUCGUGUCCAGCGUGGCCAGGAUCGUUACAGACAGAACAGAAACUCAAGGCUGCUAGGAGAUCAGUGAGAGUGAAGGUGUGCAGAGAGAAAGCCUUUCUCACACUGAUGCUUGUGGUUUGAGUAGGCUGUUGCAUAUAGAGGCUACUUUAUAAGUAAAAGUUAUUUUAGCCUGCACGAUUGACCGAGCUGGUAAAAGCUUAAAGCUGUGUGCUACGCUUUCUUUUCACUCUUUGGCUGUUCACUGCAUUCUGUAGAGAGACAGACGGUACUGAGAACAGGCAUUUAUACUAAUGGUGAGUAAUAUGCUUAAAUAAAAUAUUAUCACCAUAUAUCUGUUUUAUAUGAUGAUCAUCAUGAUGUUUAGGUUUGUGAAUAAAUUGCUAGCAAAAAAAAUAAAUAAAUAAAAUACCUGUUCGAUGAUCCAUUAUUUAAUAUAUAUAUA